AUGAUACAGCAUUGGGAUUCUGCAGAAGUGUUUGCUUUAGUUUAUGCUGCUGUUCAAAUAUUUUAUAGACAUAAGUUUUUUCUACAACAAGUAUCUUAUGAUGAACAAAAAUCAAUUAAAUAUAAAACUCCUUUAAUGCACGUGGGUUUGUGUUUUAAAGAACCAUAUCUUAAAAUAUUAGGGGCAUCUACUGUUGCAACUAAAAAAUAUUUUAAAUCUUUUUCAACACUAAAGAAGAUAAUAAUAAAGCCUAAUGUUUUUUCUUCAUCAUCUUACACAAUGCAUAAAAUCAUGAAAGCUUCAGGUAAUAAAAACAACGAGAUAUCUAUAAAAGAUCAUUACCAUAUACAAUGUGUAAACAAUUCAAAGCACACAGUUGAAAUAGCUCAUAUACCAUACUAUAUACAUAGACAGAAAAAUGGAAAGAAAGUAAAGCGUGAAUUUCAUACGAUUAAGUAUAUAGCAUUGCAUCUUAGAAAGAUAUUUUCUAUAGGAUAUAAUCAGAUCGGCCAAAAUAUAGGAAAAAUAUACCCGUUUAAAUACAGUAGAGAGGAUAAAACCUGGUCGUUAAUAACCGAUAAAUCCGAUUUAAACAAAACAGUACAGGCAAUAGAAAAUGAAAACUGUAAUGUGGUGUUCUAUUACAUAAAAGAAAAUAUCUAUGAAACCGAGUUCUGUUUUGCACAAUUUGUGUACCCACCUGAAAUAAAAGACAUAGUUAACGAUGAAAAUAUUGACAAGCCAAGAAUCCCAUUAUUUCUCUCGAAAUUUAUGGUUUCUGGAAGUGUGCUUGGGCCAUAUGACGAGUCUGUUAUAUCAUAUAAAGUAUAUUCUAUGCAAAACUAUAAAUGCAUGAAGCCUAUUAAUUAUUUGCACGACUAUACAGAGGAAGGGUACAAUGACAUUAUGAAAUCUUCUUUAGGCACAAUAGAGAACACGACAACCUUAUCAGUGAAAGAACUUCAUAUGAGAAAGAACUCUUUAAAUUAUGCUAUUAAGUAUUAUUAUAGUGACUUCUUUAUAAGAAAAUCAACAGAUCCAUAUGAAGAUAUUCACUGCUAUGACAUGAAUAUUAUGCAGAAAGAGAGUAAGUCAAACGGCACUGUAAAUAUAUCUUGGAAUACACAAGAGAGACACAGUGCUUAUGAGUACACAUCAUACGCUUUUGAUAGUACUGUAAAAGACGAACGACUUCAUAUGCAGGCAGCCAACCAGCCGGCCAUCACUUCAUUUAUUAAUAUGCUUCAGAGAAAAAACCCAUCCAUAAACACUGCGCUAUAUGGAUACUGCAUCUAUAAAAAUAGCGCGGAUAUUGACUAUAAAGCAAGUGCAGUGUUCUGUCUGACUAUGCGAGAUCUUUUAGAGAGAAUGAAUACGCAUUUAUUGGAUUUAAACAGAAAAUAUGAAAAAAUCGAUCCUGUAACAGGUGUAAAUCUUUUUAGCACCACGCAUGGCCCAAAGUUCAAUUUAAAGGACAUUUCUAAUGCUAUUCAAGACAGUAACCUUGAAGAAAUUAAACAAUGCUCAAAGGGGGUUAUGUUUAUAAGAGACAAUAACUAUAACAGCUGCAAAUAUGGAUUUCAUUAUGAUAUUUUAAAUGUUUUAUCAGAUGAUCAUUUUGAAGAUACCCACUUUAACUCAAACAGUAAUAAGCCCACAUCUAUUAGCACUUCUAUUUAA